AUGUAUUGGAUUAUUACUGAGACUUGCAACUUUUCAGUUCUAUUAUAUCCUAAAUUAUCAGACUCUAAUCUUAUUUUUUAUACAACACUGUGGAUAUCUAUAUAUUUAUUAUAUUUCUUGAAAAGUACUUUGCGAUUAUUUGGAUAUUUUUUGGUUCACAUACACUUUAUAUGGAAGUAUUUCAUACUUAUUGGAGACUUAGAUCCAGAUAUUUGGUAUACAUUAAGUAAGAAAGCUGAUAUAUCAAGUAGCUUGCUGGAGUUAGAAUCUAUUUCACCUGUUAGGAGAAGAAAUAUCAAAAGAAUAGAUAAGAGUGAGCAGGAUACAUCAGAAGGAAAUAUUAUACAACAUGAGUAUAUACAAGAAAUCCCUGCCUUAAAUGAUCCAAAUAUUUAUGACUACUCUAUUUCUCAAUACAAAAACCCUCAACAUGUCUCAUGCACUAAUGGAAAACAUAUUUGUGAUUGUUCAUUACAAGAAUACAUAAAUAAAUGUAAAAUAGGAGAUAUUCAAGAUGAAAAUAUAUUAAAAACAGUUAGUAUAACUACUUGUUCACUAAAUGAAACUUUACUAACUCAAGAUACAUCUGUAUCAUCUAAAUCUUCAAGCCCAGUUAGCUGUUUCCAUGAACAGAAUAAUUCAUUUAAUAGAACUAUGGUAUACUUAUGCAAAAGCAUAGAUAUUUCAUAUUGUUAUUGUGGAAAUACCAAUAGUCCAUGUAGUCAUAUAGUACUUCGAAAUAUAUCAUUUGAAAUAUAUAAUAGAGAAGUUAUAUUUGUUACUGGACCUUCAAAAUCUGGUAAAAGUACGCUUUUAAAAUUUAUAUCUGGAUAUAUAGGUAUAUACAAACUAGAUGGUAAUACUAAAUUAUUCACUACAGAGGAAUCAAAAACUAGAAUAUACUUGUACAACAAAGGCAUAUUAAACUCUAGUAAAAAUGUUCUACAAUAUUACCGUCAACAAGAACAGGGGUAUAACAUAUAUGCAUAUAUAUUGGCAGGAAAUGAUUAUAACAAAGAGAAACUGGAUCUAGUAUGUAAAUUAUGUUUACUAAAUAGUACAAGUAAUUUGAAUAACCUUUUUAUUGAUGAUAUAUACAGGGAUGAUGAAUUAUUCUUGCUAAGUCUAGCUCAGUUUUUUUAUUCUCUUCCACUUCUUGAAAAUAGUUCGAGUUCAGAGUUUAAUAAUUAUCUUUUAGUGGUCUUGGAUGAUAUCUUUAGUGAAAUCUUGCCACCAACCUGCUUCCAACUAGUCAAACAGUUUGUAUAUGUGAAUAAUUUUAAGCUGUUGAAUAUUUCAUUUAUAAUUAAUUUAGAUCUAUCUUGGGCAGAUAUCCUUAUAAAUUUAAUACAAACAUCCACUAGUAAAGGAGAUAAUAUUGACACAAGAAAUAUCCGUCUGUUGAAAUUGACUGAAUUUGGAGAGAUAGAAUAUUUUGGAAAACUUUUUUAUAAUCUUAAUGUUGAUAACGACAGUACAUUUACUGACCAAAGUGACUUAAAUUAUUUAAAGGAUAAUUUGAGGUUUCCAGUAGAUUUAUCUGAGAUACAAAAUAACAAUGUAAUACCUGAAAGUAAGGAAGUUAUUAGAUCAAUAGAAGGUAAAAGUAGGCUUAGAAGUUUAACUAUUAUUCCUUUAAUUAUUUUUAUUGGAAUAAUUGUAUCAAUAUUUAAACAAACUUACUUAAUUAAACUUGUAAAUUCUCCAAAUAUAGUAAAUAUUGAGCCAGCUUAUAUUCUACAAUAUGUUUCUAUUUCAGCAACAUCAAGAGCCAACAAUGCUUAUAACAGCUUAAUAUUAUCUAAUCCAAUUCCAAUAUUUUGGAGUAUUAUUAAUCCAAUAGUAUUGAUGUUAUUUACUGUAAGUAAUCAUGGAACUAGAAAACUUGAAAAAACGGAAUCUUACAAUUUAAUAUAUGAGGAUAAAAAAAAUGAUUUAAUAAGUGUUACGGAUAUGCUUCCAAAACCUGAAUUUAUGAAUAUGAAACAAAAUAAAGGUUCUAAAUCAUUUUUAUAUAUUGAAGGGAUGGAGAAUAUAUCAUUUAGGUUUGGGAAUUCCACAAAUAAUUAUAGUAAUAUGAAACAUAACUCUCAAAAUACGAUAUCAUUACCUCAUAUACAUAUUAUAGGGGUGAAUAAUGCACUAAUGGCAGCUAAUUGGGUAAAAAACUCUUUAAUUAUAUCAAGAAAUGUUCGGCAUACUAAAGAAAUUACUUCGGAACUAUCAAGAAAUUCUGAAAGAAAAUACCAUUAUUCCUCAAUUUUCUCAUUAUUUCUAGUCAGCUAUGCAAUUGAUUUUAUAGCUAUUGUAUUUAUAGAAAAGAUCUGCUUUGGAAAAUAUCAUGACUCUUUACACUUCUGGCUAAAUAGAAUUCUAUCUGAAGUUUAUAAAUCAAAGGAUCCUAUUAGACUAAUUAAAGAAAUAUUUUCAUCUAGAAAAGGGAUUAUAUAUAUGGCCAUAAAUAGUCAAUUGGAUAAAAAUGUAACUAAAUAUUGUAAUUUAUUUGAAAAAAUUCACUAUAUUUGUAUAAGUUUAGGUAUUUUAUACAAUUAUAUCAGCCUAAGUUCUGAAAUUUCAAUAAAUGUUAGUAUUUUAAAUAAAUAUAUAAUUUUAUUAUUAAUAUUAUUUCUUAUAACUUACAACUUCCUUAUUAUCUUAAAACAGAAUUCAAAUAUAAAAAUAUUAACUAAGAAGUUUAGGUCAUCAAUAAUUAAUUUACUGGAAUGUGAUGCUUAUGAAAAGUCAGACUUCUUUUAUAUUCUUAAAUUUAGUCAAUUUUCAAACAUCUUGGAAUAUAUAUAUUGCAGUUUUUUGAAGCAAAGGAAUGAAUAUAAACAAAAGUUAAACAAACUUUCCUUAUAUACUCAAAUUUCAUUUUUUUUUUCAAGCUUCCUAUUUGCUAUAUUUCUAUCUGUAAUACUAAUCAAUUCUAUCAACUUGUGUAUUAUACUUAUUUUUAUCCCUUGUAUAUAUUUAAUUAUCUCUGGUAUUUUCGAGAAUGAAAACGGAAAUAAUCCCAAUAUAAAUGAAGUCCUAAAGUCAAUAUCCAGUACUAGGGUUACAAAAAAAGCACCAAAUUUAGAAUUUGAUAAUAUUUCCAAAGAUGCAGUAAUUUUAACUGAGAUGACAACUCCUUCACCUAAAAAACGUACCCAUGGAUCGGCUUCAUCAAUAUAUUCAAGUUCUUAUACUACUACAUCUUCCAGAUCUUCAAGAUCUAUAUUUGCAGAAAGGUGUCCCUUAAUGUAUGAAUUUCCAAAAAAUAUAUCUAAUUUAAUAAAUAAAAGUGAUUUAGCUAAUAAAAAUAAUAGGUUUAUUGGAAUCUAUAAAGGAAUCUUUGAUAUUGGAACUUACUCAUAUGGUAGCUCCCAUUCAUUAUUAUUUCCAUUAACAUGGCUAUCAAACCAUUCAAACUACAAUAUAUCUUGUAUGGACAGUAAAUAUAAAGUAGAAAACUAUUCUACCAAUUUUCAAAUACAAUUUGAAAAUUAUAAUAAAGAAUUCUAUAUGUCCAAGGAAAAAAUAGAAUCUAUAGCUAUUAUAUCAGAUGACAUUAAACUACCUCUUCACUGGACCUUAAGACAAAUACUUGAUCCAAAAUCAUCAUAUUUUAAUGAUGAAAAUAAGCUUAUUCAUGUUUUGUCAGAUUUAAAACUUUUGACACAUAAUAUGAAAAUGUUAAAUAAAAAUGAUUUACUUAGUUUGACAUUUCAACAGUUUAUUCAUUAUCAUCAUAUCAAUAAGAGUGUUAAGACGAAAUGUGAGUGUGUAACAUCUGUAAAAGAAAUGAAUAGUACUAUUAGUAAAACAGAUAAUACCCACAUACAAUAUAUUGGUUACUCAACAAUUGAAAAACUUGUUUUACUCUCUUAUUACAUUUUAAAUAAACAAAAUUAUAAAUUUUUUAUUAUUCAUCUUGAUACGAAUAUGAGGUGGGAACUAUGGUCUAGAAUCAUUAAACAAUAUAUUACUUUUUAUGAUAUUAAAAUUAUAAUUAUUACUCUAAAGUACAAUGCUCUUCGGUGUUGUGAUAAAGUAUUCAACUCUCCAUGA